CUCGUUUACUUCCUGAUUCCGACGUCCCCAGCCCUUGGAGAGUAACCAGCUUACGGGCGUUAUAGAUCGCACCAAUUCCAUGCCUGGUGUCCCCUGAAUCUGCCCCUAUGCCACAGAAGCUGUGUUUGGAGUGCUGUGUGCUGGCAGUCUGUCUCAUUUACGGAGUGAGAUCAGAAACAGAAGAAAAAUGUUAUACAUUUACAGAUCUCAAUAUACAUAAUGCCAUCAUUGGAACAGACCUGAAAGUACAACUAUUACUUUAUACAAAGCAGAAUCCAGACUGUGCCGGGAAUCUAAACAUUGAAAAUUCAACCGCUUUUCAAUACCUAGAUGUCUCAAGGAAAACCAUUUUUAUCACACAUGGAUACCGACCGACAGGAGCUCCACCCGUCUGGAUAGAUGAAAUCGUCAAAAAAUUACUUUCCAUUCAAGACUUUAAUAUUAUAUUUGUAGAUUGGAACAGAGGGGCCACAACCGUGUUAUAUCACCAUGCGGCUGAGAAAACCAGAAAAGUUGCAGAUAUAUUGAAACAUCUAAUUGACAAAAUGCUGGAUCAGGGUGCUUCUCUUGAUUCCAUUUACAUGUUGGGAGUAAGCCUGGGAGCCCAUAUUUCUGGAUUUGUUGGGAAAAUGUACAAUGGUUCGAUUGGGCGCAUAACAGGUCUUGACCCAGCCGGACCUUUAUUCAAUGGAAAGCCUCCAGAGGAGAGGUUACACUACAGCGAUGCUAAAUUUGUUGAUGUCGUUCAUACAGAUAUUGAUGGUCUGGGCUACAGGGAAAAUUUAGGACAUAUUGACUUCUACCCAAAUGGAGGAACUGAUCAGCCUGGGUGUCCAAAAUCCAUAUUAUCUGGGUCUCAAUUUUUUAAGUGUGAUCACCAACGAUCAGUGUUUCUGUACCUCUCCUCGUUGACUAAGAGUUGUGACAUUGUUGGAUUUCCAUGCGAUAGUUACAGAAGUUACCGGAUGGGAAAAUGCAUUGACUGUAAAGAGUUCUCACCCCUGAGCUGUCCUGUUUUAGGUUUUUAUGCUGAUAAGUGGAAAGGUUAUCUUGUGGCGAAGAAUCCUCCCAUGACAAAAGCCUAUUUUGAUACAGCUUCGGAAAAACCAUUUUGUAUGUAUCAUUAUCAUUUGGACUUCUUUACGUGGAGUAGUAAAACGAGGAGGGGAUAUAUCAACAUUAAAUUAGUGUCUUCAGAUGGAAAUGUAACGGAAUCCAAACUGGAUCAGGAUCCUGCUGCAUUUGAAUACUGUAAAGAAGUGAGUCUGCUUGCUAAAUUUGAUAAAGACUUUGAAAGAAUAUCAAAAGUUUUAGUGACCUUUACAACUGGGUCGUUCAUAGGACCCAAGUACAAACUGCGAGUUCUGUGGAUGAGACUGAGACCAAUCACCAAUCCGCACAGACCAGUCCUGUGCCGUUACGACUUUGUGUUACUCGAGAACGUUGAAAUGGAAUUUAUGCCAAUCCCAUGUGAAAACACGAACUUGUAACGAGCUAAAAUUUACUGCCGCAGAUCGAUCCGUUCUCUUGGAAGGCCUCCUGAUCUCCGCACCGCAAUGGAUGGGAAGCAGAAAGAAGUUUUGUGAAGUCUCCAGCAAUUCCAACUUUGUUCUUCGGGUAUUGCACUCGUCAAAGGAUUAUGGACCUUCUGUCUCUCCUCACGAUGAACCACCUAAUAAAUUUAAAGAUUUUUUUUUUAAAGAAGUAAUUCAGAAAUUGGCCAGGCUCCUGACGGGUGAUUGCUUGAUUAAAAAGAUGGCUACGGACUUCUUAUCAAACAUUUCUAAUUUGAUGAAUAAGGAGUACGCACUUAGCGCCAGAAUUACUCCGGUCCUAAUUCAAAAAAUAUGAUCUGAAUGAUGUUGGAGAAGGAGAAAA